AUGAGCUACCACGACCGCCGCGACAGUGACCCCAUGCCGGGUGAUCUUCGUCCAGCCUAUCACGAAAUGGAAACAUCACGAUCAUGGCACACAGUCCCACAACAGGACGAAGAGCUUAAUGCCUAUGACCCCUACACUUCUCAAAUGUCCCUGAAGGACUCUGCCACAAAACAAAGCGUCAAAUCAGAAGAUGACGGCGACGAUCAAUUACCGCUGAGAAAAGCACUCAAAAAGUACCCCAAGAUCGCAGGCUACUGUCUGGCCAUGACCAUCCCCGUUAUUGGCUGGGGCUACGAUCUUGUCGUGGUCGGAUCUGUAGUCGGCGUCGAUACCUUCGUAAAUGACUACGGAGAAAAGAUCAAGGGUAAAAUGGAUAUCCCGGGGAACUGGCUAUCACUUUGGAUGGGUCUCCCACCAGCUGGUGCAGCAUUUGGUUCCAUUUUGGGUGGUUGGCUGCAGAACAAAAUCGGACGCAAGUGGACUCUUUUCAUGGGAACCAUGGUUUCUGUCGUCGCUAUUGCCUGCAUGUUCUUCUCUCAUGUCCCCGAACCUUUGGCUACCAAGCGUAUGCUUCUCACCGCUGGUCUUACCAUCCAGGGCUUCACAGUUGGUGUCAUCAAAGGAACGUGUGUUACUUGGGUUUCAGAGAACACGCCAACAGCGCUCCGUGGAUCCGCCAUGGCUUUAUUCCCCAUCUUCACACUACUCGGCCAACUCAUCGGCGCACUCGUACUACUCGUCAUUAGCGGCGUCGAAAACAAAAACGGCUAUCUCGGUGCAUUCGGGUCGCAGUGGAUUCUCGCCAUUGGACCUCUCCUGCUCUCCAUUUUCAUGCCCGAGAGUCCAGCCCAUCUGAUCCGAACCGGCCAGGAGCAGCGAGCCAUCAAGUCAGCACAGAGACUAUACGCCCCCAAGAUUAACCCCUACAGCCAACUCGAGAAGAUCCGCGCUACCAUCGAAGAGGAAAAGGCCAACACUGCUUCCGCGUCUUACUGGGCUUGUCUCAAAGGCACAAACCUCCGAAGAACACUCAUUGUCGCACUGGCCGCUCUUAUGCCUGCUUUCUUCGGAUUGGAACUUCUUUCCAGCGCUAAUGUCUUUUUGAGAAGUAUGGGCAUGGCAUCGAUGCCGGCAAUGAUCUUUAUGACAGCUGGUAUUGUCGCGGGAAUGUUUGGAAACGCCGUUGGUUUCUGGCUUCUUUCCCGCACUGGCCGUCGCAACAUGAUCAUCUAUUCAUUGGCUAUAGCGACUCUCUUGUGGACCGUCAUGGGCAUCACUGGAUUCUGGACUGGAGAGAUGCUCACCUGGGCAGCUGGAGGGAUCAUGAUGGCUGUCAUCGUUAUCUGUGGUCUGGGUGCCUGGCCUGCAGGAUACGCUGUCCUGGGAGAGACAAGUUCUCUUCAACUGCGUUCUCUUACACAAGCCAUAGCCAGUAUUGCUGACAAGGGUGCAUCUAUUAUUCUGGCUGUAAUAAUGCCCCUGCUAUACAGUCGCGACAGCGCAGACCUUGGAGCCAAGAGUGCAUUCCCUUUCGCAGCUCUGUCUCUCAUCGGCACUGUUUUGAGUUUCUUCUUCAUCCCCGAGAUGAAGGGACGCAGUCCGAUUGAGAUUGAUCAGAUGUUUGCGAUGGGAUUACCGGCCAGGAAAUUCCAGGGUUACAGGACUGAGAAGCAUGAUGUUCAGGAGGCAUCUCCCCUUGCUAGCCAUGGUGUUUAA